AUGAAAGUAUCAGCGCUCAUAUCUACUGCUAUCCUGCUGUCAGCCAGUCAGGUCAUAGCUGAAGAUGGUAGUGCCAUCGAUUUUACAGCUAUGGUUGAUCCAUUCAUCGGGACUGGAAGUGGCGGGCACGUCUUUCCCGGGGCAACCAUACCUUUUGGCCUUGCAAAACCAGGGCCUGACACAAAUUCUAGUAACAACCAAGCUGGCUAUUACCCCACAGGACACAUUAAAGGAUUCUCCCAGCUGCAUAGUGAUGGUACGGGUGGUGGUUCAAGCUAUGGAAACUUCUUGUUGCAGCCAGUGACAAAUUCGAGCUGGACUUACAAAGAUUAUUAUUCCCCACGAGUUGAAGGGUCAGACACUGCUUCCCCUGGUUACUUUUCCAUCAGACUCGCACGAUAUGAAAAUACCCUAGUAGAAGCUACAGCUACACGUAGAACAUCUCUCUAUAGAAUCACUUAUUCAGAUCAUACGCAGCCGGCUGUUUUAAUGGAUGUGGCGAACGAUCUCUACAACAGCUUUCAAAUGGGACAAGUAGCCGUCAAAGGUUCAAACCGAAUAAUAGGCUCUGGAACGUACAGGGCGAGCUUCGGGCCAGAAGACUCCUACUUUACUGCUUACUUUUGUGCAGAUUUUAAUGCCACUUUCAACAACUUCCAAACAUUCAAUCAAAAUGGUCUGAGCAAUAGUAGCCAUGCUGUAGCUGAAGUUGGUCAGCGCCUUGGUGCAGUGGCUUACUUUAAUAGCGAAGACGUUUCGCCAUUCAAACCUGUGAUGGCACGUAUUGGAAUUUCUUUUAUAUCAGAGGCUCAGGCAUGCCAAAAUGGCGAAAAUGAAAUUCCGGAUUCGAACUUUGAUAUGGUUCGGCAGGCUGCACAGCAACUUUGGAACAAUGCAUUAUCACGCAUCAUAGUCGAUGGCGGUACUACAGACCAACGAAAACUAUUCUAUUCAAGUCUCUAUCGUCAAAUGAUAUCACCUGUCGAUAAGACAGGCGAAAACCCGGACUAUGUUUCCGAUGCUUACUACGAUGACUUUUAUUGCGGCUGGGAUAUCUGGCAUGGGGUAAUUCCAAUGUUGACCUUGCUGCAACCUGAAGCAACCUCCGGAAUGGUACGAACACUGAUCGAUUUAGCUGAAAAUAUUGGCUGGAUGCCUGACUGCCGAAUGAGUGCGCAAGGCUGGACGCAAGGCGGUAGCAAUGCCGAUAACAUACUAGGCGAUUUCUUACUCAAGCUAGGACAAUACUAUGGUGGCGUCGAUUGGGAAAAAGGCUGGCGAGCUUUGAUGAAAGACGUCAAUGACCAACCUCCGAAUGACAAUUGGCGUUGGGAAGGCAGAGGAGAUGUCGAAUUCUAUAAUAAACAUGGAUUCGUGCCUUCACAUCCGUUGACAACUUGGUCCAAACCCAUCGCUUCAAGACGGUCUGCUACACGUACUGUCGAAUAUGCAUUUAACGACUUUGUUAUCGGACUUGUGGCGAGAGAGCUUGGAAAAUCUUCCGAAUACCAAAACUUUACCAGUCGUGCUUCUAACUGGAAGAAUUUAUGGAAUCCAAAGGUGAAGGAUUCCGGGCACUAUGGCUUUAUUCAACCAAAAUACGAGAAUGGCACUUGGAACUAUUAUCCUCCUCAAUUUUGCGGGCCCACAAUGAAUCAUCUCAGCUGUUUCCUCAAUCCCACCGGUGGCGAAUUUUAUGAAGAGUCAUCAUGGGCUUAUAGUUUUUUCAUACCUCAAGAUCAACAAGGUCUGAUUGAUAUGGUUGGCGGUCCUGCAGAAUUCAUUUCUAGACUGGACACGUAUUUUGACAAAGGAUACCACGACAUGGGAGAUGAGCCAGCCUUCAUGACGCCAUUUCAAUAUAUCUUUGCAGGGAGACCGGACAAAGCGGCUGAUCGUGUCCGACGAUUAAUGAACAUCAACUAUAGCACUAACAUCGCCGGUCUACCUGGUAACGAUGAUAGUGGUGCUAUGGGCAGCUUCGUCAAUUGGGCAAUGCUUGGCCUGUAUCCGGUUGCCGGGACUGAUGUCUAUCUGGUGACAACACCUUAUUUUACAUCCUAUACUAUCUCUUUGGUUGCGGUCAACAGUACCUUUACUGUUCAAUGCAGUAACUUCUCGAAAGAAAACAAAUACAUUGCGAGCAUGGAAUUGAACGGACAGCCCAUCAACCGAGCAUAUCUUCGUCAUGCCGAAUUUGCAAUUGCCAAUGUUCCUUCUACGCUAACACUUAUAAUGAGCAAUACUUGGAAUGGAUUUGGAGCGAAUACAUAUCCGCCUAGCAUUACCAAAGGAUUAGGCGUUGCAGUAUGGUGAUAAGAUACAAUCGACAUCACAUACAGAUUCGAACAACAUGUCAUUCACUGUAUAUACACCACCACGAUGAAUAGCUCCGAAAAUAAUAAAUUAAUCAUAAUGCGUUUUUGAAUAAUGAUGAUACAACAAGGUUUAGAGGGUAAAUGAUAUCAAAACAAUCCUGCAGCUUCCCUCAUCUCACGUUCCCAAUCCUCCAUAUCCGCUGGUGCAGACGGGGUAUCUGAUGGACUUGAAGCGGCAUUUUUGCUUUCUUUGGAAACCGAUGAUGGUGAAACAGGCGUUUCGUCUGCAACCUUUAUGAUCAGUCGACGUGGAGAUGAUAGGUUACAGCGAG